AUGCCUUUAGAACCUAAAUUAACAGAACCGAACAAUUCCAAAAUCAUCAAGCAAUAUACAAGUACGCCUUCAACAGCUGUAUUCAAGCGAAGGAACGGCCCCAGUACGACCGGCAGGUAUGAUGGUACACACAAUAAAACCGUUACAAAGAAGGCAAACAGUUCCACACCCAACAGUCAUCACACAGGUACAUCGCAAGACACUGCUACAAGAAGCACAGGGCUUGAGAAAACUACAUUCAACUCGGGCGACGUUGCUGAUUACCUAACUGAAUCCAGCACUUUUAAUACCACCUGCGGUAAAUCUGUUAGUGUGAGAAGAAAAUCAGUUUAUUGGAUUAGCUACAUGGAACAGGUGAGUGUACCCGUAGCAACCGUCGUCGGUUUGCUGGGCAACACCGCCACGUUCGUGGCUCUGCAAGGAGAUCCAUUCAGCAACAUGCCGUCGAGCUACAUUCUUGGCAGUCUUGCCAUCGUCGAUUCCUCCAGACUGGUAACUAUUCUCUUCAAGGAAGACUUCUUCAUCGCCUGGGUGGGAAGUGACGUCGUAGCAGCUAGCAGAACCUGGUGCAAGACGUUCGUGUGGUUCGUUCACUGCACCAAGAUUCUUUCGGCCUGGUUCGUGGUUUUGGUCUGCAUGGAGCGAUUCGUUGUCAUAUGUUUUCCCCUCCACACCAGGCGGAUCUGCACGAAAACCAAUGCGCUGAAAGGGAUCGCCGCAGUGGCCGUCGUCGCUGUUGUAUUCUCGGGGAUCUGGACUCUGUCUUCAGAGAUCAUCAACUCACAGUGCAUCACCACCUUCUCGACGCCAGAAACAAAGCUGUGGGCGACUACUCUAAUUGUGAUGGGUUCCUUUCUGAUAGGCAUUCUUCCAAUGACUAUUCUACUGUUACUCACACCAAUCAUGUGCCUCGUACUAUACAGAUAUAGAAGGACCAGGAAACGGUUGGCGUCAGCAGUAACUCCGCACACGAAUAACUGCGUCACCAAACUGUCAUCGAUGCUUAUCACGCUUUGCGUGACAUAUGUGAUUCUUCAACUCCCUCUGAUCCUCAGUCAUAAUUUGGCAAAAGCUCGAGGCGAAAGCGUGAAUACUACGGAUUAUCUGCCCUUGUUGGCUCUCUACAAAGUAGGUAGCGUCUUGGAGGCCGCGAACCAUUCGUGUAAUUUCUUUCUGUACAUCGCCUGUAACUCGAUCUUCAGAAGGAAGGUGGUCAACUUCGUGCUGUCCCGUAGGAGAUCAGGAUCUACCGUCCUAUCGCGUUCUUCUGACAACAGCGUGUCCAUGACAUCUUUAAGGAUCAAUUCGAGAGCCAUGCAUGCGACGUCCAUGCAGAUGACAUCAUAG